GCACCAUCCCGUUUGAUCUUCCUGUCCCUUUUAUCAAAGCCUAUAUCUUUCUCCCUCUAGAAAAAAAAAAGAAGAAACUUUGUUCUCUUUUUUCUCUUUACUCGGGGAAAAACAUGGAAACUCCACGCACGCUCUUCAAAAUCAGCCAACUCUCUCUUUCUUCUUCAAUGGCCCAGUUGGACCAAAAUUUAUCAAAAGAAACAAUUUUUUUCCACCGAGUUAUGUGGGCUUCUUUGGGAUUACUUUGUUUCGGUCAGAGUUUUCACAGAGAAAACAGGGAGACGAGAACCUUCCUCUAUAUCUUUCUCUUGUUUAGCUCUCUAUAUUUGUCCUUUCUUCCUUCUCGUUAAAUACUCUUCUUUCUCCCCUUUGUUCCUUGUUCUUCCUCCCUAUUCCCUUGUUCUGGCCUUCUGGGUUUUCUCUCUCUCUUUAUCUCAACGCUGUGAUCUGAAACAUGAAGAAGAUGAAAGGAAUUGCUGUUCCUGCUGCUGUUAAGGAGUAUUCUCCAUAUAUUUUUUACGAGGACCAAAGGGCACGGUUCAGGUAUCCGAGCCAUAUGGAAGAGUUUGAAGACUUGCACAAGGAAACGGAGUCCGUGAGAAAGAAAUUGCAGAUGAUGAAAGAGAAAAGAUCGACCCUGUUGGCUGAAGUCAAGUUUUUGAAACGGAGGCACAAAUUCUUGAUGCAAAACCAAUCGUGGAAUACACCGUCAGAAAGACAUUUUUUGCAGCCACAGAACAUGGUGAUUCAAAGUAAAUCAAAUAUGAAGGCAAAGAAAUCAACAGGGAAAGGUGCUUCGCCAAGCCGAGCUAUGGGUUUCGAUUUGAACCAGAAGGGAAAGACAAACAGUGUAAAGGGAACCGAUUCUGCUCGGCCUUCCCUUGUGUUUGACUUAAACCAGAAGCAGCAGAAGAGUUUCGGUGGAAAGGAGGAAACUAAUUUGCGAAGUUCCUUAUCAGUUCUUGACUUAAACCAAAAGGAAAGGUUUUACAGCGGAAAAGAGGCCACUGCUCGAAGCAUGAAACCUAUUUUUGACUUAAACCAGAUUUCGAGAGAGGAGGAAGAACUAGAAACUCAAACUAAUUCAGUGAGAAUAGAGGAAUUUAAGAAAAGUUCAAUCAGAAUCGGGAGUGAGGAGCAGCAUAAUGAUACUAAAAUAUCAGCCUGCAGGAACACUGGAAAUGGGCCGAAUAGAAGCGGGAAAAGAAAGAUCUCAUGGCAAGAUCAGGUGGCAUUGAGGGUUUAAGUGUCUAGCAAUGGAGGUGCCUACUGCUUAGUUUGAGGCCCUCCCUUUUUUUUAAUUGCUCUUAUGUGGUUAUUUUCUUCAUUUUAUAUCUUAUGUAAAGAAAAUCUAGUUGCAUCUAUUGGAUGUAUAAAGAUAAAUAUAGUUUAUUUGCAU